CAACAGAUCCAGGCUGGCGCUGGGACUGUUCUUUCAGUCAGCCGGUGACCGCCAUGUUGGGGCUCGCGGGUCGCUGCUGUGCCUCUUCGGCCGCCUCCCUGCUGCGGGGCGCGCGGAGCGUAUCUAGCCCGCUCCAGGACCUGCUGCUGCUGCGGGGUGGCGCUGCUGGGGCUGCCGCCGCGGCUCGCCGGAACUAUGCAGCGCAGACAACUCCUGCAGCUAAAGCUGGAGUUUCCACUGGGCGUAUUGUGGCAGUCAUUGGUGCUGUGGUGGAUGUCCAGUUUGAUGAAGAGCUGCCACCUAUCCUGAAUGCCCUUGAAGUGCAAGGCAGGGACACCCGGCUGGUGCUGGAGGUGGCACAGCACUUAGGUGAGAAUACUGUUCGUACCAUUGCUAUGGAUGGUACUGAAGGCUUGGUAAGAGGCCAGAAGGUUUUGGACUCAGGUGCACCCAUCAGAAUUCCUGUAGGACCUGAGACCCUUGGAAGAAUCAUGAAUGUAAUUGGAGAACCAAUUGAUGAAAGAGGCCCAAUAACAACAAAACAGUUUGCUGCUAUCCAUGCUGAAGCACCAGAGUUUGUUGAGAUGAGUGUUGAGCAGGAAAUCCUUGUCACUGGCAUUAAGGUUGUAGACCUCCUUGCCCCAUAUGCCAAAGGUGGAAAAAUUGGUCUAUUUGGUGGUGCUGGUGUGGGCAAGACAGUAUUGAUCAUGGAGCUGAUCAACAAUGUUGCAAAAGCCCAUGGUGGCUACUCAGUGUUUGCUGGUGUCGGGGAAAGAACUCGUGAGGGAAAUGACUUGUACCAUGAAAUGAUUGAAUCUGGGGUCAUCAAUCUGAAGGAUACCACAUCCAAGGUCGCCCUUGUUUAUGGGCAGAUGAAUGAACCACCAGGUGCUCGUGCCAGGGUUGCACUAACUGGGUUGACUGUGGCAGAGUAUUUCAGGGACCAAGAAGGUCAGGAUGUGCUGCUCUUCAUUGACAACAUCUUCCGUUUCACACAGGCUGGAUCUGAGGUGUCUGCCUUGCUGGGUAGGAUCCCCUCAGCUGUGGGCUACCAGCCUACUCUAGCAACUGAUAUGGGUACCAUGCAGGAGAGAAUUACAACAACUCGGAAAGGCUCUAUCACUUCUGUGCAGGCUAUCUAUGUACCGGCUGAUGACUUGACUGACCCAGCCCCUGCAACUACGUUUGCCCAUUUGGAUGCCACCACUGUGCUGUCUCGUGCCAUUGCUGAACUGGGCAUUUAUCCAGCUGUGGACCCUCUAGACUCCACCUCCCGGAUCAUGGAUCCCAAUAUUGUGGGGCAUGAACAUUAUGAUGUGGCCCGUGGAGUGCAAAAGAUUCUGCAGGACUACAAGUCCCUCCAGGAUAUCAUCGCUAUUUUGGGUAUGGACGAGUUGUCUGAAGAAGAUAAAUUGACAGUGGCCCGUGCCCGUAAGAUUCAGAGGUUUCUUUCCCAGCCCUUCCAGGUGGCCGAAGUCUUCACUGGCCAUGCAGGCAAGCUAGUGCCCCUGAAGGAAACAAUCAAGGGCUUUCAGCAAAUCCUGAAAGGAGAGUAUGACCAUCUUCCUGAGCAGGCUUUCUACAUGGUGGGGCCCAUUGAAGAGGCUGUGGCGAAAGCUGAGAAGUUAGCUGAAGAACAUUCAUGAGGCUGUGGCGAAAGCUGAGAAGUUAGCUGAAGAACAUUCAUGAGUCUCACUGCUGAGGCAAAACCUCUGCUCCUCUGUCACUGGUUCAUGUUGUCCAGUUUCCUGUUGGGGAAAGCCAUGUAAUAUGUCUAAAAAUUAUUUAAAGUUUCCAAUAAAAAUGUCUG